CCAACGACGAAGAACUCAAGUAAUUUGUUCAGGAAAUAACCAGAGCGAAGAUACGCGAAGAUGUACGAUAAGUGCUUUGUGUGACCAUGCCUGUGCUAUGCUAUGUUAUUUCUAUUGUUAGUGAAAUAUUUGUUGUCAUUUUACCCCAUGGAUGGCAAGUAAUCAGUGAACAACCGAGCAGAAAAUGACGCUAACCGGUGGAUUUACACAAGCGGCGUAAAACGGUCAUUCCGCUUUUUUAAAAAUUAUUAUUAUUUUAUUUUUUUUCGUAAGCAUGCCGGUCCAGUUUGUCUACGGGAAGCAGGACUUUGUUCAAGACGUGCCUUGCAACACUGAUAGCAUAUCCCGGAAGGCAUAUGAGUCGAGAUUUGAUUCAGCCAUCCGAGCUGGAUGGACGGACAGGAUGGCGAGGGGGCUCUUCCGUUACCAUUUGGGGGACUUACAAACACGCAUCCUCCCUGGCCCGUGUGGUUAUGUGGCCCAGUUGAAUGUCAAGAGAGGACUUGAAAGAAGGAAGCCUCAGGAGAUCCUCAGUAUUCGGCAGGAUUUCAACGCCGAGCAGUUUCAUUUUAAUAAGGUCAGUCCAGAUGAGAUCAUAUUUGAGAUGAAAGAUUCCGAGGAAGGGCACGAAAUUGGCCAUCAUCCACGCAAGACUGUUGUGUUGGUCAACGUCAGUCCUCUGGAGUUUGGGCAUUGUCUUUUUGUUCCAGAUCCAGCCCGCUGCUUUCCUCAGGUUCUCACAAGGUUUGCCAUCCAAGUUGGCAUGGAAUCGGUGUUGCUCAGCUCUGACCCAUCCUUUCGUGUGGGCUUCAACAGUCUGGGAGCUUUUGCGUCCGUCAAUCAUUUGCACCUCCACGGAUAUUACCUGAAACACAAGCUUAAUAUCGAAUCUACACCUGUCCGGCCACUUCUUCCUGAAAAGGGAUUUUACACUUUAGCUGGGUUUCCUGCAGGUUUUCUGUUCUACACCGAAUCCAAGGGAGCGGAGGAUGUUGCGGGCGCCGUCUGUCAUGUCACUGACUUCCUAAUGGAGGCCAAUGUCGCUCACAACCUCUUCAUGACCAGGGGAUGUCCACCCUGCGAAGAGGAUGACAAGUUACUAAGAAAAGGCGUGCGUAUCGCUGUGUGGCCAAGAGUGGCUUGUUUCGGUACCAAAGAGGAGUCCGCUUUCAACGUUGCUCUAUGUGAGCUUGCAGGACAUCUGCCAUUUAAGAACAAGAAGGACUUUGAGCUCACCACCGAGUCGCGUGUGAUCGAAACCAUUCAGCGGUAUCUUCUACCGCGUGCAGAUUUCCUUCAAUUGGAAAAGCAGCUGACUCAACAUUUAAUGUUACUGUAAGGUUUGGACAAAGCCACAUUGAAUAUUGUUCAUUACUUAUGAUACUAAUA